UGGGGCACAAGUUUUUUUAGUCCUCCCUGUUACUAGUCCUAAACUUGAGCUCUGGAUUUCUGGUAACAAAUACCAGUAAUCUCUACCUUGUCUGCAAAUAUUUCUCUGCAGUCAUGGAAUCCAAAACAACCCCAAGGUUCUUGGUUUCCUUGUUGUUCAUAAGCAUAUGCCUCAAGUCCCAUCUCUGCUGUGGAGCUGACACCAUCACAGCAAACCAGUCUCUCUCUGGUGACCACACCAUUGUUUCAGCUGGUGGGAAAUUUGAGCUGGGUUUCUUCAAGCCAGGUAAUUCUUCAAACUACUACAUAGGCAUGUGGUACUACAAGACACUAGUGUCUCUUCAAACCAUAGUCUGGGUGGCCAAUAGGGAGCAGCCAGUCUCGGAUAGAUUUUCUUCAGAGUUGAGGAUCUCAGAUGGCAAUUUGGUACUCUUUAAUGAAUCCAAGUUACCAAUUUGGUCCACAGAGGUCAGUUCAACUUCAGGUUCUUCUGUACAUGUAGUUCUUUUAGAUAACGGGAACCUUGUGUUAAGAGCUGGUUCCGAUUCAUCUUUGCCUUUAUGGCAAAGUUUUGAUUAUCCAGCUGAUACUUUUCUUCCAGAAGCUAGAAUUGGGUUCAAUAUUGUUACAAACAGAACCCGAGUCCUGACUUCAUGGAAGAACGCUGAGGAUCCUGCACCGGGUCUUUACUCUCUUGAGCUCGACCCGAAUGGAACCGAUGCAUAUUACAUACUGUGGAAUAGGUCUAGGCAGUAUCGGAGUAGUGGAGCUUGGGAUCCAAAGAGUCGUCUUUUCACUUUGGUGCCUGAGAUGAGGCUUAACUAUAUCUACAACUUCAGCUAUGUUAAAAACAAAAAUGAGAGCUACUUCACCUAUUCUCUUUAUGAUCCUAAGAUCGUAUCUCGAUUCAUAAUGGAUGUAUCGGGUCAGAUUAAGCAACUGUCCUGGUUGCCAUCUCAGCAAUGGAACUUGUUUUGGUCUCAGCCGAGUGGGGUAUGUGAGGCUUAUGCCUAUUGUGGAGCAUUUGCAAGUUGCAAUGAGUUAGCAUUGCCCUCAUGUACUUGUUUAGAUGGUUUUGAGCCAAAGAUCCCCAGAUAUUGGACUACGGGGGAUUUCUCUGGUGGGUGUUCAAGAAGAUCAAGUCUGCAGUGUGACAAUGCUGUUCGAGUUAAGUUUGUAGAAUUGCUUAGCAAUCAAUCGAAUGUAGAUAAACCGUACCACGAAAUUAAUAGUACUGAAGCGUGUGAAUCAAUCUGCUCUGAUGACUGUGAGUGUACUGCGUAUGCUUAUAGCCAAAAGGCUGGAUGUUCAACUUGGACUCGAGAGAUCUCGGAAAAUCGAAAUGGAACAACGUUACACAUCAAAACAUAUACUUUUCAGAAUGCUAAUAGCCGUACCCUUGUAAUUGCAUUAGUUUCAGCAACAGCAGGAUUGCUAACCGUCACUUCUGGCUAUUUCUUGUGGAAGAAAAGAACGAGAAAGGAAAGGAAGUACGGUGAGACUAUAAGUAAAGAUGAUGUCGAGAAUGAUACAGAACUGCCACUCUUUGGUUUAAGAAGUAUAUUAAGUGCUACAAACAACUUCUCAGAAGCUAAUAGACUUGGAGAGGGAGGAUUUGGCCCUGUUUAUAAGGGAAUCCUUGUCGACAACCAAGAAGUGGCCAUAAAAAGGCUUUCAAAGAAUUCCGGACAAGGAUAUAAGGAGUUCAUGAAUGAGCUGAAGCUUAUAGCCAAGCUCCAACAUACCAAUCUUGUUAAGCUCUUGGGAUGCUGCAGUGAAGAUGAGGAAAGAAUAUUGAUAUAUGAGUAUAUGCCUAAUCAAAGUUUGGACAAGUCUCUGUUUGAUUCACCUAAAAAUACAAUGCUGGAUUGGGGUAAACGCUUUCAAAUCAUAAACGGUAUUGCGCAAGGGGUACUUUACAUCCACAAGUUCUCCAGAUUGAAAAUCAUUCACAGAGAUCUAAAAGCAAGUAACAUAUUGUUGGAUGGAGAAAUGAAUCCCAAAAUUUCAGACUUUGGAAUGGCAAAAAUUAUCGAGAUAAAUAAAAAAGAAGCAAAUACAAACAGGGUUGUUGGGACAUACGGUUACAUGUCACCAGAAUAUGCACUUUAUGGCCAUGUCUCUGAGAAAUUGGAUAUAUUUAGCUUUGGAGUGUUGUUGUUGGAGAUUGUAUCUGGAAAGAGAAACGCUGCAUUCGUUCAUUUUGAGCAGUCACCGACUCUUGCUGGAUGGGCUUGGAAUUUAUGGAAAGAAGGUAGAGAAAUGGAGGUGAUCAGUGCAUCAGUAAGGAAAACGUGUCAACCUCAAGAAGCUCUCAGGUGUAUCCAAAUAGGUUUUUUGUGUGUUCAAGAAGAUCCGGCCGAUCGACCAACAAUGUCUUCAGUGAUUCGUAUGCUGCAAGGCAAUCCAACCACUUCACUUCCACUCUCCAAAGAACCUGCAUUCUCAACACAUUGUGGUUCCCAUACUAUUUUAUCCAACAAUUCAGUCACUAUUAGUAUUCCAGAAGGUCGAUAGAGAUUCAUUGGCCAGAAGUCUUCGCUCAAACGUUGUUCCCCUUCCAAAGUUAAGGCCUAGUUUGGUACAGCUGUGCUGUGAGCAAAAAGACUUUUAAAGCUGAUGUGAGCAAAAUGACUUUUGAAACUGCUGUGAGAGAAAACUGUUAAAGCGUUUGGUAAACUGUUUUGCAAAGUGUUGUGAGAGCAAAAAGUUAUUAUUUGUGUUUGGUAAGUUGUAAACAAAAAGGAAUUUUAGUAUGUAUAAUUACUAAAAUGUUAAUAAAUGUUUAAAGUGUUAUUAAAAUGGACAAAAUGAUU